ACUCUUUCGAGAGCCGCAUCGCCGCUUGCAUCUCAGACCAGAACUAAAACCAUUUUUAUUAUUUUCAUUUUUUGGGAGAACCACCCCAUUUGCACUUUCCGCAGUGCCCGGUUUUUUCUGCUCCCUGUCCACUCGGCGCCUGUCAUUUCAUGUCCCUGCCCAGACGCAUACGCAGACGCCCUGCUGCUUGUCAACCUACCUCGUCUCCUCUUCUUCUUCUCCUCCGAGGUACACACACACACUCUCUCACACACUCUCUCUCUCUCUCUUGCAUCCCCCUCUUUCUCUCGUCCGGUCCCUCAUUUCCCACCGCAGCCGUUGCCGCCGCAGCUUUCAUUACCGCAUACUACCACGGGUAGUGUUGUUGCUAUGUUGAUGUACCCUUACCAACGUCGAUGUUGGACCUGGGAUAUGUUGCUUGACCACACUCUCCCCACCCCUCCCCCUGCCCCCGCACUAGUUCAUCACCAAGCCUAGAGCACGAGAGAGAGACGAGAGACAGAAAGGAGGGGGGUUAACGCACCCUUUUCUGCAAUAAAGCAGACACAUGUCUCGCCAUUAACGGCUCAGAUGGUUUCCUGCAACCCAACCCAAACAAGCGGAAGCCCUGGAUACGUAGUCUAACUUACAACACCACCUACCUAUCUCCCACCUCCCACACCCACCACGCGCACACACGCACACACAACUCAUCCAUCCACACAUUUUUGGAGAGUUACAACACAUCAGCACCCCUUCCACCGAAUUUCUUCAUUUUGUUCCGCCCCCUCCAAACCUCCUCCCCAGGCCUUACUUCUCCAGCCCGAAAACCACGAAAAACUGUUCGAAACUUGACCGAUCCCAGCCCAGUUCUUCUUCUUCCAGUCUUGCCUGCCUGGGCCAACCCAUACAUACUCACCUACCCUCGAGCACACUUCGGAUCUCUGCCCUACGCCUUACUUACAUACAACCCCCGCCAAAAAAGACAGCUCGUCGUGUGGUGCGUAGACUGCGUGCGAGCCCAGCCCAUCCUCCACCACAGACUCCUCUGCUCGCCUCGCCGUUGGGCUCGAUUGCAUCCCACGGCGUCCGGAUCUUGAUCUACAUUGUUUGGCUGAGAGUUAACCUCUUCUCUUGCUUCACUUCCCCCCUUUUCUCUCCGCGACUUUGGGACAGCGCCCUCCCCCCUGCCACGGCCAGUCCGUAUCAGCACCUGGACCUGCAUUCCUGAACCACGGUCCCGUCUCUCAAUCGACCCAUUGGGAACCACCGUCAAUAUGGGAGGCUUUUACAUGCAGUACCUUGAGAGUCUUUGCAGACGACGUGGAUGGAGGGAUCCCACAUACGAGUGCUACCGGGACCACAGCGGUUACACCUGUCUGGUCCUGGUCAACGGACGAGAGUAUCAGACGGAUCUCGCUUACGAAUCCGACUCGCUGGCCCAGGAGAACGCCGCCAUGCGUGCCUUCAUGGUCUGCCGCAACUUCUCGGUCAAUGGUGGUAUGCUUGCCCGCAACGGGAUUGUUCAGGGGUUGCCGGCCACUGAGACCGCCCGCCAUUCCAAGAAGAGCCGUCACACGUCGUCCAGUCACAGCUCACGAGACAGUCACCGUCGAUCCGGUCACCAUUCGAGCAGCAGCUCCACGGCCUCUUUUGACUAGAGGCGGAUAGGCAGCAUGCGCCUCUUCCUGUCAUGACGACAGAGAGGCCCAGGACGGACGGCAUUUAUAAAAGAGGCCGAACGACCACAAGGCGAAACGCACCUACGAACAAGAACAACACCUCCAGGCAGGCGUCUGGCCUGGGUGCUCACAAUGGAAAAAAAGACGAAGAAGAAAAAGAUAUGGGCCAAAACGGGCAAAAGACACGCGAACUUUUCCAUCUGCGACGACUCAUAACGACUUAACGACCUAGACUCAUGGUUUCCGCGCGGCACAUUUGGUUUUUUUGAGCUUCAUGAUCCUACCGGCCGGUCAAUUUCGAAUUUUCGGACACAACCCGUUGGGUUAUUUCUUUCUUCUCGAGAACUGUUUAUGCCCUUUCAUGACUCCUUUUUUUCUUUCUUUUUUUUCCUACCACCGGGCGAUUGGCUGGGAUUGUACAGUACCAGUCAAUGACCCAUCAUUGCUUUCGAACUGAUCAACAGCCAGAGGCGACUCUGGCCGUUCGACUUUCAUUUCCGCUCAUGACGUUUCCCACAGUCAUUGUUAGCGCAGCAUACACACUCAUCAAACUAAAUGCUCAUCAGGUUCAAAUUUUUGUUUUGUUUGUUCUCUAUCAUAUUCGAUCGAUCCUUACAAAAGAUUGCAAAAAGGCUAUCAUGAUGGGUGGCUAGACUCAUGGUUGAGGCGUGGGACUCGGCAUUUUGAUGAUUUCUUCUACUCCGCUUUAUUUACUGCUUCCAAAAACAAAACGAGACCGAGAAGGAGAAAAACGAGAUUGGGGUGGGAAAAGGAGGACAUAAUGAAAAACCUGGCCAGUAACUUCCUGUCCGUCUCUUUGCCCCAAAAGCGAAACACCAUUUUCCGUUCUUUCCCCCCCCUCUUAGCAAGAGCACGCAGUGGAUUCAUGUCCAUUUUUGACUAUCUUUCUUCAAGUUGAACACCACAAUACGCGGAUGGCUAUUUUAUGGGCGGCGAGAGGGAGGCAAACCUGGCUUCAACAGACGACUGCCGGCGGAGGAAUCUGAUAGGGGGCGGUGGAUGGAGGACCACCACGCUGGAAGAAUCCGAGGGGAAGAUCUUGGCUAGGACGUUUGUGGUGGAGGAUAAUGGAUUUCAUGGCCCCUAUGCCCUUUUCUCUCCUGUUUUUCUGCUACGCUUUGCUUGGCGCGUACGAUGACGAUAACGACCAUUAUGACACACCCGCUCUCUCUCACCCACCCACCCACACACACACAAAGACUUGAUGACAAUUGAUGCGACAACAGAUAUACACAUAUAAAAAAAAACACUCGCGUUCAUUGAGAUGGGACCAUCAGACGUGACAGGAAGGCAUUUGCAAGCACGUGUUUGUGUGUGGGUGUGUGUUUGUGUAGGAUGAGGCGAGGGAGGACGCAACGACAGAGCAAGUUGACUGUCGUAAAAUAGACGUGGCAUUUACCCCCUUCUUCUUACUCUUAUGUGGUUGAGUGUCAGACGGAUAUGUGCGCCCCGGGUUUUCGGAGACGGAAGACGCUUGAGGUUGGCGGUGGAAGCCCGGAUCCGAGGAUGUGGAACUGGAGGGACGGGCGGGAUAGCAGGAGGGGGCGGGCGGGCGGCACUUUUGAGGCGGAUGGCACGGGAUAUCUGAUGUAUCGGCUGUCAAGCGCAGGACUUCCGAGACAUGGUGCCCACCCACCGACGCAGAGGACGCAACAUGCAGCGUGCGAAGGCAACCACACGCAUACCUUAGCGUUCGUAGCCAAUUCAUGAACCAGCAUAGGAACGUCGCGGGCAGUACGGUUCACACUACAAAGACGAAGAUGGGGUCUUUUGUGAUGUUUGAGGCGAGGGAAGGAUCGAGGGACGGGUCUGCGAAGAGGGGGGAUAAAUAGUCUGACCGGACAAGGGGAAAAAAGAAGCUGCGCCACAGACUCGAGGGCCAUCGGGCGAUGGAUGAUGUUGCUGUCGACGUGGCCGAGAAGACAUGUACCCUCACCCUCUGGGAGAGCGUUGGAUUGUUUCCAAGGGAAAGUCGGACGGUUUGGGCGA